UCUCGCCUCUCCUCUGUGUGGAGAUUUUGACGUGUCGUGUCCGCCGCACUUCCUCUGUUUUCAGGUUGAUGUUGUGGACGGGCCGAGGCCCAGCUCACACCCAGCUUCAUCUUAAACCCGUCCGGACCGGGCUAUGGAGUGAGCGCUGCCUGACUGCCGCCGCCUCUGUGACUCUGCCAGACCGCUGAAGGGAGCUCGGGCUGCAGGGAGAGAGAUCAGCGCCAACCGCCAACCAUGCAGUUCUCCCCGACCAACGGAGACUUCACCUUCGUCUCCUCCACUGACGCCGAAGAACUGAGUGGGACCAUCGAUGCCCCUGAUAUCAAGCUGAACAUGGGCGGUGAUCAGGGCAAGGAUGCGUAUGCCACCACAUUCCUUAGGCAGAGGGGUUACGGCUGGUUGCUGGAGGUGGAGGAGGACGAGGCUGAGGACACUAAGCCUCUGCUGGAGGAGCUGGAUAUUGACUUGAAGGACAUCUACUAUAAGGUCAGAUGUGUGCUGAUGCCAAUGCCCUCACUGGGAUUCAACAGACAGGUGGUCCGGGACAACCCUGACUUCUGGGGGCCUUUGGCUGUCGUGCUCCUCUUCUCAAUGAUCUCCAUCUACGGACAGUUCCGGGUUGUGUCCUGGAUAAUUACCAUUUGGAUAUUUGGCUCUCUAACGGUUUUCCUGCUUGCACGAGUGCUGGGUGGAGAGGUUUCUUACGGUCAAGUUCUUGGAGUGAUUGGAUACUCACUGCUCCCACUCAUCGUAAUAGCUCCUGUGCUUCUGAUUACUGGCGGUUUUGAAGUUGUCGCUACUCUUAUAAAGCUCGCUGGAGUAUUCUGGGCUGCAUACAGCGCUGCGUCACUACUUGUUGGUGACGAGUUCAAGACGAAGAAACCCCUCCUCAUAUACCCCAUCUUUCUUUUGUAUAUCUACUUCCUGUCUCUGUAUACUGGAGUGUGAUUGGAUGGCGCUGGCCUUGGUUGGCACGUUGUCUGGACACUGACACAGCGCACCGCAGCGGGAUACACCGCAGGACUGUUUACACGACGCGGAAGAAGGAGCAUGGAAUCUUUAUUUCCCCAUUUUUUUUAUGUCUUAUUUUACCCGGAUUACUCUUCCACAGCGACGGGCAAAGAGUGCAGAGUUAACGUAUUUAAGGUGGUUCAAUUUGUAUCCACUAAAAAGGUAGAGCUUUUACUGAGAAAGCUGAGCAGUUAUGUGUUACUCUCUCACACAGAUAACUCUAGUAAAGUCAGGGCUAUUAUGCAUUAUACGAAAUACACUAACAAAAAUACUUUUUCUAGACGUUGCAAUUGGAUCUGGUUAUUAUGACGCACACAGUCGCAUAUCAGAUACACCCUUUCAAUGUGUUGUCAAGCCUAAUGCUGUAGAUAUUAAAAGUUGCCGGGACUCUUUUCCUCUGUGAUAUUUUGAGGUGACUGGGAUUUUUUAGUCUUCAUUAUUGUUGACACAGUUCUCCAUUUUGUUCUUCACAGUUUUGAUUCCUAACUUAUAUAACUUUAACAAGAAAAUUCUGAAUGGGUUAAAGGACACGAGCAAACAAUGUCUACUAAGAAUGGGUGCCUUUUAUUAGUUGUUUUAUAUGGCUGUUGUUUAUUUUAUUGGACUGUAAAUGUAGCCAAAAAAAAGAAAAAUGUGUAACUUGCGAAUUAAGAGAACUUUAUACUUUGUGUAUAAAACACACACCCAAGGAUUGUAACGAGUUUCUUUAAGAAGAAUUAAAUGUACAGAAUUGUGCUGUUCAUAUACAGGUCAUUCAUUUGAUUAAAAGAAGUUCAUCUCA